AUGAAUAAUACAAUCAAAAGUAUUAAAAUUUUUAAUGUUGAAGAUUUAAAUGGAAAAAAAACAGAAUUAGUAUGGGUGAAUGGACAAUUGGUGGAAAGUUCAUCAAAGUCAACUUUAUUAAAACUCAUAUCUGAUAAAAAAAGAUUUUCAAAUAGUCAAAGCUAUGAAGAAAUCCUUUCAAAAUCAAAAAUUAUCUUUAAAGAAUAUGUUAAAAAAAUGACAGAUAAUGGAAAAAUUAAAUUAAAAAAUUUCAAAUAUGAAAAUUGUAAUUGCCAAAUUUGUUUAAAUGAACCACCUAUAAUUAUUAAAGAUAAAGAUCCUCCAAAAAGUGCAUCAACUUGGAUAGAUUAUAUAAGAAUGUAUGAUUUUUUCAAAAUCAAUAAAACAAUUUUUUAA